UAACCACAUCUUCAACGCCUUUCGGGUAACGACUUCGCAUUUCCGGUAUAGCACUGUUUACACGUGAACUCUGAAAAAUAUUCUCUGCUCGCUCCUGAGAUUUUCCAAAUGGAAGGUUUUACCUCGUUCUUCAACUCGCAAUCGGCGUCGCGCAACCGCUGGAGCUACGAUUCUCUCAAAAACUUCCGCCAGAUCUCUCCUCUCGUUCAAAUUCAUCUCAAGCAGGUCUACCUUACUCUAUGCUGUGCUUUAGUAGCAUCAGCUGCUGGGGUUUACCUUCACAUUCUUUGGAAUAUUGGUGGCUUACUCACAACACUGGCUUGUAUGGGAAGCAUGGUGUGGCUUUUGUCGACCCAUCCUUAUCAAGAGCAGCAAAAAAGGGUGGCGCUUCUGAUGGUGGCUGCACUCUUUGAAGGGGCUUCUGUUGGUACUCUAAUUAAAGCGGCCAUUGACUUCGACCCAAGCAUUGUGAUUGGGGCUUUUGUAGGUUGUGCUGUGGUAUUUGGUUGCUUCUCAGCUGCUGCCAUGGUGGCAAGGCGCAGAGAGUACUUGUACCUUGGGGGGCUUCUUUCAUCAGGUGUCUCCCUCCUCUGUUGGUUGCAACUGGCGUCCUCCAUCUUUGGUGGUUCCAUGGCCCUUUUCAAGUUUGAGUUGUAUCUUGGGCUCUUGGUGUUUGUGGGCUACAUUGUUGUAGACACCCAGGAGAUCAUUGAGAAGGCUCACUUGGGUGAUUUGGACUACGUUAAGCAUGCAUUGACCCUAUUUACAGACUUUGUUGCUGUCUUUGUGCGUAUUCUGAUCAUCAUGCUGAAGAAUGCAACUGAGAAGGAAGAAGAGAAGAAGAAGAAGAGGAGAGACUAGAUUGUCAUAGCUUAAAGUGAAUAUCUCUUACUCUCUUAUGUGGGAUCUGCUUUUUCAGACACUUCUGUUCAUAUCGACAAACAUGUUAAUAGUUUGGUACUAGCUUUAGCUUAGACCGUGAUACAGUGUUGUGUGGCAUGCCGAGGUGGCUGCGAUGGAACAUGUGGCUUUGUUUUGGAAUUUUAACAUCUGAUAACCAAAGUAACUGUGAUAAGCCUAGUUUCCUUUCUCUCUCUUUUCUCUAUUUCUUUGUUUUGCGUUA